GGCAAGGAUGCGAACAUUUUAUGGGUGGGAUUAUAGAUAACGAUGGCCGCCGCCACAAGCAAAUUUUGCAGAGAAAUCAGAGUACUGCAUUUGAUCUGUGUUCAUCAAACCAUGGCUUCAAAAAUACUUUGGAUGCUUGUCUUGUUUUCUCUUGCUUUAGGUCAGUGUUUUGCCGACGAUGGUCAUCAUGAAAUGGAGGAGUUUCUUAAAAGGGAACACUCGCUGUCCAAGCCCUACCAAGGCGUGGGGUCUUUUGGCUCUUCCCACUGGGAGUUGAUGGGCGAUGCCAUGGUUACCACGGAUCAGGUGCGGUUAACACCUGACCUCCAGAGCCGACAGGGGGCGGUGUGGAGCCGCAUUCCCUGCCGUCUCAGAGACUGGGAGCUACAGGUGCACUUCAAGAUUCACGGCCAAGGAAAGAAGAAUCUGAACGGGGAUGGCCUGGCUAUUUGGUACACCAAGGAACGCAUGCAGAGCGGUCCUGUGUUUGGGAACAAGGAUAACUUCACGGGUCUGGGUGUGUUUGUGGAUACGUACCCCAACGAGGAGAAGCACCUGGAGGCGCAGAAGAAGAGAUACACCCCUCGCACACAGAGGAUCUUCCCCUUUGUGCUGGCCAUGGUAGGGAACGGCAGUGUGAGUUAUGACCACGAGCAUGAUGGUCGUCCUACAGAGCUGGGUGGCUGUAACGCCAUGGUGCGCAACCUCAACCACGACACCUUCCUCUUCAUCAGAUACGUACGCAGGAGGCUCACGAUCAUGAUAGACAUCGAGGGCCAGCAUGACUGGAGAGACUGUCUGGAUGUGCCGGGGGUCAACUUGCCUCAGGGUUACUACUUCGGAGCGUCCGCCAUGACAGGAGACCUGUCAGACAAUCAUGAUAUAAUUUCCUUGAAGCUGUACCAGCUGACCGUGGUUCGCAGCCUGAAGGAGGAAGAGGAGGAGGAAGAGGAGAUCACCAUACCCAGUGUAGACAACAUGGAUCUGUUACGAUUGGGUCAGGAAGAAGAAGGGAUGACCAGUGUGGCCAUGUUCUUCAUGAUCCUGUUCUCCCUGCUGGGGGUGUUCCUGCUGGUGGUUGUGAGCCUGGUGGUUUACAGCCACUGGAGCGAGAGCCGACGCAAGCGCUUCUACUGAGGAGGGAGAGAGAGAGAUGGAGGACGAGAGAGAUGGAGGAAGAGAGAGAUGGAGGAAGAGAGGGGUGACCUUCCUCCACCACUACAGCUGGGUCAGAUCUGGACGGAGAUGUUGAAUGAGUGAGCGGUCUCCAGAGGAGUCCUCCAGACAGACUCACCCUGACAGACCUGCUCCCCCACAGCUGGCGGUCUCCAGAGGAGUCCUCCAGACAGACUCACCCUGACAGACCUGCUCCCCCACAGCUGGCGGUCUCCAGAGGAGUCCUCCAGACAGACUCACCCUGACAGACCUGCUCCCCCACAGCUGGCGGUCUCCAGAGGAGUCCUCCAGACAGACUCACCCUGACAGACCUGCUCCCCCACAGCUGGCGGUCUCCAGAGGAGUCCUCCAGACAGACUCACCCUGACAGACCUGCUCCCCCACAGCCUGCGGUCUCCAGAGGAGUCCUCCAGACAGACUCACCCUGACAGACCUGCUCCCCCACAGCCUGCGGUCUCCAGAGGAGUCCUCCAGACAGACUCACCCUGACAGACCUGCUCCCCCACACCAUGCGGUUUCUCCAGCCCACAGAACAGCCACGGUCUGCAGUCUCUAACGAUUCCUGUUCCCACCCUCCACCAACCAGGCCUUAUACUCCACACUUACACACGCAGACAGAUGAAGCGUUUACAGCUGGUUGACUUUGUGUUCAGGAGCCUCCAGGGCUCCAGGGCACCAGGGCCCCAGGGCUCCAGGGCUGGCUAGAUACCGUCUCUAGCCUCUUUGACAAAUCUCUCCUCUGCCUUCAUUUGUAAAGCUGACAGGUGAGCCAGGAGACUCCUGGCUCACCAGGCUCCUGGUCUGUAAGGAUCCGUGUGUCAUGGAUACAUGCUCAUCACAGAGCUGCCAGGUGGUUUGUUAUAUAUUCAUUCAGCAGAUGCUGAGGGGGGGGGGGGCAGGGGGGCUCAACCCGUGACUUCUUGAUCUGUAAAUGUUCGACCACUGAGCUACACCCACCAUAGUCUCAAUGAUCCUAUAGUGCUGGGGUCAAUCUGAAUGUACAUUGUUAGUGUAGUGUGCAUGAAGGUCAUCUUUUGGCAUCCUGUGUUCCGGUGAGACUUUGAUUAAUUUAUUCAAUUUUAAGUUUAUUUGACGUUGUUGUGUGAUGUUAUUGCUUUAGCCACAGCUUGUCUGACUCCUUUAUACUUUUUUUUCAAUAUGCAGUUAACCACAUCCUUGCACACGCUACUUAGAUUAAAAUAGUAUGAGUUUGUACUUUGCAUUGACAGGUGAGGGGUCCCUGGUAGAGUUGAUAUCAUGUUCCCGGGUUCCUAGCGUUAGGAAAUCUCUGUUUUAUUAACUAUUUAUCUACAGUAACAAGCAAAUACGAAAGCAUUUUUGCGCGUGUGUGCGUUUGCGCGUGUGUGCGUGCGUGUGCCUAAACCCAGAAGUAUCUUGUUUACCUUCCUGAUGUUCCACUAAACAAACAUCUGCCAAUAAAUUCCAACGACCUGCACAGUGAGAGCCCAGCUUCCCCCUGCUCCUCCUACACCUGCACAGUGAGAGCCCAGCUUCCCCCUGCUCCUCCUACACCUGCACAGUGAGAGCCCAGCUUCCCCCUGCUCCUCCUACACCUGCACAGUGAGAGCCCAGCUUCCCCCUGC